UUCGGUUGCAUUGAAUUUUGUAUGGACACAUGCCGUUUUGUUAUUGUGAUUAUUGUGGAAUAACAACUGGCAAAUUCUAUUAGAAAAAUCAAAAAUGAAACUUUUAACUCAUAAUUUUCUUACAUCUAAAUGUCUAAAAGGCGUUGUCACUGGUUAUCCAUUAAAAUUAGUGGUAAACGAAAUGAACCAAACAGAAGUGGAUUUUAAUCCCGAUUUUAUCAAACGAAUGUUGCCGAAAAUGGAAUACGACGCACUUCGAGAAACGGCAACAACAGUCGGUGUGGAAUUACCGGUUCAAAAAGAUGAAACAGGCAACGAAGAUUUUCUUCGACAAUUACAUCAUGCAUUGCUCGAAAUUGAAAUCAUUAAUGGUGAUCUAAUCUGUCCGGAAACGGGUCGAAAAUUUCCCAUCAAAGAUGGAAUACCUAAUAUGUUAUGUAAUGAGGAUGAAGUUUAAUCCAUACAAUGAUUGUCAUGGUUUUCAUUUUUGAAAAACUAAAAAAAAUAAAUCGAUUCAUCACCAUUUCUCA